UGGAGCUCACGGCGCCGUUCCGACCCGGCGAUGGGUGCUGGUCGGCGGGGUGACUUGGUGAGCACCCGAAGAAUUGCGCUUCGUUUGAAGGAAGGAGAAGCAGGUGGUCCCAGGAGAGACCGUAGGCGUCAGGAGUGCUUUCUUGUGCCGCAGUGUCCUUGUGUGGUGGUCUCUGGCUUUGACAAGGCAGGGGCCGAUGCAAACAAAGGAGGAGAUGGCUCAGAUUUUGGCAAAUGAGAAAACUAACCGCGAUGAGGAAGCUCGAUGCUUCUGCAAGCUUCGUUGUGCUGGGGAGAUUUGUGAUAAAAUUGCAUGAGGCCAUGAGAGAAGGAUGUGGUCCAGCACUCAGAACUUGCCUUUUUUCUCUGAAUGGGGCUUUUUCUCCACCAUCUUUUCCAGUUUGUUUGGAACUCGAGAGAUGAGGAUUCUCAUCCUGGGGCUGGAUGGAGCCGGAAAAACAACCAUCCUGUACAGGUUACAAGUUGGUGAAGUUGUUACCACCAUUCCAACAAUUGGCUUCAAUGUUGAAACAGUGACAUACAAGAAUCUGAAAUUUCAAGUUUGGGAUCUGGGAGGACAGACAAGCAUAAGGCCGUACUGGAGGUGUUACUAUUCCAAUACAGAUGCAGUCAUUUAUGUAGUGGACAGCUGUGAUCGAGACAGGAUUGGCACUUCAAAAUCGGAGCUUGUUGCUAUGCUGGAGGAAGAAGAAUUGAAGAAAGCCAUUUUGGUGGUGUUUGCAAAUAAGCAGGACAUGGAGCAGGCCAUGACUCCCACAGAAAUGGCAAAUGCACUGGGAUUACCAGCACUGAAGGACAGAAAAUGGCAGAUAUUCAAAACCUCUGCUACUAAAGGCACGGGGCUUGAUGAAGCAAUGGAGUGGUUGGUGGAAGCCUUGAAGAGUAGACAGUGAUACAAAACUGACAAUUGCCAAGAAGUUUCAACUACGUCCAGCAUCCCUCUUUCUGCAGUCAAGUAUGGUCAGGCCACAAGUACUUGUAAAUAGGGCAAGUUUGCAUUUGGGUCACAUAAUGUGGAUGCCUCUCUUCAGCUAGAAAACUGAACCAAGUGGAUGUCUGUGUACAUUAUGGUCAUUUUCUUUCUUUGUGUUUAAAGAUGUGCUUAACAAUUUGUAUGACAGUUUUUCUGGAGGGCAAAGGGAUUUAUAUAUUCUUUUUCCAUUCACUGGGUAGUUUGAAGUUGGUAUGGUUACUCUAUUUGUGUAAUUAAAACACUAAUAAAAUCCACAAUGAUCAGCUGUA